AUGUCUUCAGCCCUUGAUAAAGAUCUUCUGGCCAUGUCGUUAGAAGAAGAAGAAACACCUUUUGACCUUCCAGAUCUUCCUCAAUAUAGUUCAUGUCUAAACAACUCGAUCAGUUUGAUAGGAAGAAUCCUUAAUCCUGACUGUCAAAAGGUACCAAACUUGAUUCGAGAAAUGCCUCGUAAGUGGCGGAAGUUUGAUCGUGUUCGAGGUAUUGCGUUAUCUCCGGAGAGAUUUCAAUUCAUCUUCAAGCAUGAACAUGAUCUUCUGGAGGUUUAUGAAAAAGGCGUUCACUCGUUUAAUGAUUGGACUCUAGCUAUCGAAAGAUGGGUAGAAAGGCCACCACCUGAUUAUCUCAAUUUCAUUAACAUCUGGGUUCGUCUACGUAAUAUUCCGGUUAAUCAUUAUACGGCUAAAGCGAUCGAAGCUCUGGGUGACUUGGUUGGACGUGUUGUUGAAGUUGCCUUCGAUCCUUCUAGGCCUCGUAUAAAUGAUUAUGAGAGAGUCUUGGUUCGAUUUGAUGUCUCUAGACCUCUAUACAAAACAAGAGUUGUUAAUCUUCCAGGAGGUGAGCAAACUACUAUCUCCUAUGAGUACGAAAGGAUUCAUAAAAGAUGCUUUCACUGUCAGCGUUUAACACAUGAGCAAUCGGUUUGUCCUUUCAAGCUUCGAGACUUACAAAAGAGUUCGGAACAGAGUAAUAUCUUAAAUAAAGGAUUGAAGAAAAAGCAAGAUAAGAUAUUAAAAGAAUCUUAUCCUCUCUUUGGUGUGUUGGAAGAAAAUCAAGUUGGGAUUAAUCCAGCUACAGGAAGGCCAAGAAUUGCUAAGGAGGUUCUAGAUGGUAUGAGACAGUAUCUUCUUACUGCUUCAGGUCCUGAAAAGAUCAUCAGAGAACAUAGGGUGAAGAAUUCCUUGGAGGAUAUCGGAAAUGAUCCUAUAGCUCAAAAAGCUUUUCUCAGUCUGGAAACUUUACCUGUGAUAACGCCUGAUAUUGACAAAGGAAAAGGACCUGUUUUUGAGUUCCAGAAUACAUCAUCAGCGGAGCUUCCUGCACCAGUUCAUGGUUAUCACACUAAGCUUCUUCAGUCUGCCAUUCAAGCUGGACGAAACAAUAAUGAAUUCUCAACUCCAGAAUUCUUCUAUUCUGAAGGUUCAGUGGAUAGCAGCUAUAAUAAUUCAAGGUCUUAUUUGGAUUUCUCUUCAGUUAACUCGGCUAUAGCUGAAGAAGCUGGUACAUCUCGUGCAGCUGGAAGACCAAGAAGAAGGCCUCCUAAAAGUAAAAGGCAACCAUUUGAAGGAGCUCUAAAUGUUAAUCAAAUCAGAUACAAGAACACGGUUGUCAAAAGAAAGGCUGAGGAAGAAGUAAAGCAAGGUUCCAAGAUCAAGCGAAAGCUUAAUGAGGCGGUCCCAAUGGAGGGACUGCCCAAAGAUUUAUGA